AUGAUCAUCCAUUGCUGUCCUAUCCUUCUUAUCUGUGAUGUCACUCCUGGCUGGGAGGUGCCUUCUUCCCUCGGUCUCAGAACUUUUACCCCGUGGCUUAGCGCCCCCGUGGGUGGGUGGGAGCUCCCAGGUCUGAGGGUCCCCAAACCCUGGGAGUCCACAUAUCCGGGUGCCACCCUCGAACCCGUCGGGGGUCCUGCUGCCACCCGGAGACCCCGCACACCCACCUCUUCGUCUGGUCCGCCCGUCCCGCUCGGGCUCAGGUUAGGUCGUUCGGGAUCCAACAGAUGGACGACUAGGAGCGGUCAGGCGGAAGGCGCCGCGACCGAGAUCCCAGGCCCGCUCAGCAACCGUCCCUGGGAUUCUGCUAGCACCGCCUGUCCAGCCGCGCCAGCAGCCCCGAGGACCCCGCCCCGAGUCCCCGCGCCAGCCAAUUCCGGGGAGGGUCCCGCCCACCCUCGUGCCCUAUUGGGAAAAUUCAAUUUUGACGGCCACGCCCCUAACGGAGGCCCCGCCCUUCGCGGGCCUUGGAAAUACUGGAUUGCAGUCUUGGGGCCACCGCUCUUGCAAACUUGGCUGGUCGAGUGGGCGUCGCCAGGAGGUCGCAACUUUGCGCCAAAGUCGGGGAGGGCGCGCGAAACCGGGAUAAGGAAAAUGGAGCCUCCAAGAAGGUGUUGUGGCCAGCCCAGGCACACAGCCAUCAGUAGUCGAGCAGGAUUUGAAUCCACGUCUUCCUGA